CGCCCAAACAGCUGUCGGGAGAUUUAAACGUGUUGCGGGCACGCGCCUCAUUGUUCCCAUCAGCUAAACAACGGUAAGAUUACCUGUGAUUCACCACGAGGACAUGGCUCACAAUCUCAACGUCGACCAGGCUCGAAACGGCGAAGAGGACACAGCAACGCCUGGUGUCCCGUCAUCGUGUGCACCUGGUAAAUCAGCAGCUCUGGAUAACCUCAAACCGGUGGCAUCAGUAGCUUCGAGUGGCAGUAACAAUGAGUCUGAACCGGUGACGCCAGGACAUUCACGCCAGGCUACAACAACCCAGAGUCUUGAGUCCAAUGGAUGCAACACACCCUCCUUGAGAUGUGGGGAAAAGCGGGAGAGGGGAUCAGACAACCCCUCUGAAGUUCCCGUGAAACGCCGUUUGAGAUUAUCAAAGGAUAACGGGAGAGAAUGUUCGCCAGAUUACGACGAGAGAUGUGCGGAGCUAUGGAUCGAUGGUGAAGUGGCUGCUUGUGAGGCUUAUGAGUUAUCAAAGUCUAGCAGCAACACCCAAGAAGUCGUUCGACAACCCGACAAUAACAGUUCUUUCAGUCAGCCUCUCACUCCGAGGGACUUUCAGCGUGUUGUUCGAGCCGAAGUGGCAGGCUGUUUUGAACCCAUCACAGACUUGAUUAGUACGAGUAUGGAGUGGAGCAGGACUGAUUUCAAUCAGGUGAUAAACAGACUUCGUACACUGCAAAGGGAUACCACAAUACUGACACAUGAAAUCCGUAAUAUGAGAGUAAAUCAAAGACUGACGUUAGACGCAAUCCCUCUAAUGAAUGAAAGAAUGAGCGUCAUUCAAAAGUGUGUGUUAGAGACGCACAAAAUGUUGACCGCUACUAGAAAAUGAUGGGUAUGUUUAUUAUAGCAUACUGAUACUGUUCCAGCCGAUUUCUGUUAAACUUUUCCUCUUUUUUUUUAUAGAAUUUUGAGUGAAUUUUUUUUUUUUUUAUGAAUGAUGUGCAUGCUUGUUUAUUAUAUUCAUUUUUGUGUGUUAUAGUAAUAGUUUUUUUUAGAAGUCAUUUUAAAAUGGUGAUUUUCAAUGACAUCCAACAAGAUAAUGAAUGGGAUUUUCCGAGUAAUGCAGAACUGUUGAAACAACUUAAAUCUGGAAAAAAAAUACUGUAUUUUACUUAAUAUUCAUCUCUGCAGUGUAUUGUGUUGUUUUAUUGUGUGCACCGAUCAUUGAUAUUUUGUGAACUGGUGAAGAGUAUAACAUUGAUUUGGUUUUUUAAAUGGC